CAUUUCCCACUCUUACUUCCAUCUUUCCAUAUUCUUCACAAAUCUCAUCUCUUUUUCUUUGUUAUCUGAUCGGAAAAGGUCAUCUCCGGUCACCGGGAAAUAUGGAAUGGGCCACCGGAAGUUUCAGACCCUUUCUUUCUCGGCCACCGGAAUCUUCCUUUGGCUUUCUCUAUAACUAUAAUCUUGAACAAUAUCAGGGCAUCGAUGUGAAGCAUUCGGCCAUGGCGGGGACGUCUGAGACCGUGCUCCAAGGGCUGGUUCCAGGGAUGGAUAUGAACAGCUAUGGAAAUUUGGAUAAGAAGAAGCGGCUGAGCAGCGAGCAGCUCGAGUCGCUCGAACGUAGCUUCCAGGAGGAGAUCAAGCUCGAUCCCAAUCGGAAGCAGAAGCUGUCGAAGGAGCUCGGUUUGCAGCCACGCCAGAUCGCCGUUUGGUUUCAGAACCGGCGUGCGAGGUGGAAGGCGAAGCAGCUCGAGCAUCUCUACGAUACUCUCAAACAAGAGUUCGAUGCCAUUUCUAGAGAGAAACACAAGCUUCAAGAGGAGGUCAUAAAGCUGAAGAGUAUGCUGAGAGAGCUUCAAGCUGCAAGGAACCAAGUAUCGACGGUGUACACUGAUUUGUCGGGCGAGGAGACAGUGGAAAGCACCUCCGUCGGAGCUGGCUGCUCGAGCAAGCCGAGAGCGGUGGCAACAGCAGCAGCAGCAGCAGCAAACCAGUACCCGACGCCACCGGAGCAGUGCAACUACGUGUUCAACACAGAGGAAUACAACCCGAUGUCUCCAACUUUCUGGGGGUCUCUGCCACCCACAUAUCAUCCCCAGUAGGGUUGUUUGGUUUGGGUGUUGGGCUUGUCUUGGGCUUCUGUUUUUAUCAGAUUGUGAAGUGAGAGUUUAAAUUAGGGUUUAGAGAAUAGUGUUUGGAAGUUAACAGUUUCUAAUAUGAUGAGUAUUUUAUGGGGUCUUGGGGUCUGUUUGGAGAGUUCAGAUCAUACCACCUCAAAUCUGGUUUUAAUUUUAUACACAAAAGGGGAGCAAAUUGAGAUAUUGAUGUAUGGUUUUGUUAAGAAAGAGUUGAGGUUAUAUGAUCUGAACUUUCUGUGCUCAUCUAACAAGAUCCCACUUUAAUAAAUUGAAUUCCUCUUUUAUGUUCGC